GUUAUUCACUCGUCCAUGAAAGAUCUAUGGCGCUUUUCUUGCCACUUCGACGAUGAUGAUUAAGUGUAGUCAAAUAUUGUCAGAGUAUUCUGUAAAUGCGAGUAAAUUGAUGGCAAUCGUCGCUGAAUUGAUAGAGUGUUGUGCAUUCGGGUAUUUAAGUUCUGCCCCAUAAGCGGAAGAUCUUCAGUGCUUUAAAAUAAGUGACUUUGUGCGAAUCAAAAUGAAAAUUAUAUUUUUUGGGCUGCUCAUCGCAGUUGUGUACGGUCAUGGAUGUAAUUACAACGAGCCAGCCAAUGUGCCGUCAAAAAUUCCGUUGACAGAUUUGCAUGAUAUUCUGCUACAGAAAAAUCAUGAAAUCUCAAACACAGCUUUAAAAAUAAAUCACGAAGCCAGCAUUGAUGAAAAUAAUAAAAAGAUAGAAGAAAUCGAGAAGGAGCUUGAAGAAAGGGCUAAACAAAUAUCGUCCUUUAGAGUUAAUAUGUCUAAUCGCAUUAUACCACCGAUGGAGAGGAGUAGUCUCCAAAAAUUGUUAGAUAUAAUGGUGCAUGCGUCCGAGGUCCAAGAAGAACAUGUAGCAGAUCUAAAACAAGAUAAUGAGGAACAUAAAAACAACAUAAUUAAUAUUUGUAAACAGAAACAGAACGAAUAAAAAGCUCGAUUUUGUAAUAUUUUUAUG